GCGCAUGCGCACAAGCGGAACAUUUGACUGAAGAAAAACACUGCAAACAUCGCAUCGUAUGAUUUAUAAAGAUGGACCAAACAGAUCAGUGUUUCAUUUGUAAAGACAAUAUUAGAGCAAAGCAACAAAAACUACAAUGUACAGGUUGUUUUGUGAGCAUUCAUAGGACAUGUACCAAAAUGACUCAGGCAAAAUACAGGGAAUAUGUUAAAGAUAAUCAAGUAAAUAGGAUAAAAUGUGAUAUCUGUGAUGCAAGUGGUAAAAUACAGAUAAAAGAUUUGAUUGAUUUGAUUGAUAAAAGACCAAGUCCACGAUCCACAGGUGAAAAUAGCAUGGAAAUAGGUGCAAUCACUUCACCAUCAGAAAGAGACAGGGUUGCAUCCUUGACUGGCAGUGCAAUAUAUAGACCUGCAGGAACCAGUCCAGUCCAAAUUGCAUUGUCAGCAUCUGCCAGAACCAGUCCGGUCCAAAAUGUUGUGUCUACAUCUGCAGGGACACAGUCUAUUACAUCAUCAGCUGUUAUCGUCCAGAGUCCAUUGCUUAACUCUACUGUAGUGUCACCAUCAAUCACAGGGCAGAGUUUAACACUUACAUCCUCGGCACUACCGAAUAUACCUACAUCCACUGUUGCCCAGAGUACAUUAUCAACUGCCACUGGACUUCAAAGUACAAUGUCUACAUCAACUGAAGGUCCAAGCUUAAGUUCCUCAUCCCCUACAAGUUUGAGCAGAGUGAGCACAGCAAAUGAUAAUGGUGAACAGAACCCUUUCUUUGAGAAAAUUGAAGAACUUUUGACCUCUUCCUUAGUUGGCAGCUAUGAAUACACUCAUAACAGUUACUUAUUUAGUUUGAAAGAUGAUGUGUUGAAACAAUUGAAGGAAAAUUUAAGAAGUAAGAAGAAUGACAUAGCAGUGAAGUUAAGAUUCUGGAUUGUCACAGAUAAGGGUGAGGUUAAACCUGGGCUUCCUGAAGGGGUCAAUGUAAGAGUAAAUUGGCGGACUCCAGCAGUUCUGAAACAAGAUAAUGGUAACUUUUCUGUGGCCGGUAUGAAGGAUUCAAUUGACAUUACAGAUCUGCUGGAGUUGCGUGGUGAUGAAAAUAGAUUAAGAAUUUCUUUUAUAAAAAGUCAUACAUUACAUUUUGCAUGUGAAGUCUUUAAAAUGAAGACUAUAAAUGAACUGCUUGAAGGUAUCAGUGUGAGACCUGUGCAGGAGACAAGAGAUUUCAUAAUGUCAAAGUUCAAGACAGAUGAUGAUUGUGAGGUAGCCACUACCAAUAUUAAAGCCAGUUUAACAUGUCCGAUAGGAAAGAUGCGGCUAUCGAAGCCUUGCAGGAGCAAAAACUGCUCACAUAUUCAGUGUAUAGAUGCUAGAACCAUACUAGGCAUGAACAAGAUGAAAAAGGUAUGGAAAUGUCCGGUUUGUCAGCAACCAGCAGGGUAUCCAGAUCUGUAUAUAGAUGGGCUAUUCAUAGAGAUACUAGAGACGGUUCCCUGGAAUAUAGUGGAGAUUGAGAUUUUAGAAGAUGGUUCUUGGACUUACAAAGGGACAAAGGACACUGGCGACACAGAUAAGGAAAACAUAUGUGUUAUGCUUGAUGAAACAAUUGACAAGCUAGAGGUUAUAGACUUGACUGAGACUGAUGAAGAAGGUACACCUAUUAAAAAAGCUCCACUGAAGACAAACAAUACACUGAUGAACAAAUAUCCUGCCGUGAAGAAUUUAAUUGAAGAAGUGGCUAGUACAAUUGACAAGGUGAGGAACUUGGACAAGCAGAUAUCAACAACAUCAGGUUGUCAUAGAAACAAGAGAAAGCAUUUUCGUCAAGCAGGUCCAUAUGACAGAAAUAGAGUUAAUGGAAGUAAACAUUAUAAUGACUAUUACAGCAGCAGACAUACUGGAAGUAGUCACGAACAUUACAAACAAGUAUCGUUGGACAGGUACAGAUGGUCAAAUGCCUGGAGGAACACCGUAUCAGAUGGUUGGCGGGGUUACAAUUCUUCACAUGUAGAUUCAAAUAGAUGGGGAAAUAACGAUUCUACAUACAAUUGGCAAAAUGAAAGCUCAAAUACCCUGCUUUCAAUAGUAUUCCGACCAUUUAAUAAUGUUUAGCCAAUGAAUUUGAAUGUUACAAGAUACACUAUAUUAAAUUUGCAGUCAUUACACAUUUUAUAGUCGUGAGGUUUGGAAAAAUAUUAAUAAUGUUUGUUUUCAACAUUUUUGAAAGUCACACACUAGCAUAAUGCUUCUGAGAAAAAGUGCAAUUCUUCAAAAUUAAUCAGUCUGAUUCUGUCAGUGAUUAUAAAUGAGAUAGCAUCACAGAAAAUAAAAACUUAAGUUAAAAACCUUGGUGACAUGAACUUAUUGUCAGAGAUACGAAGAAAACAUCAAUGGUGUUCAUGUUGACAAUUUUCAAUUUUUCUUUAAAAUGAACAUUUGUAGUGUUUAUUCCAGUUUGUUAGAAGGAAUUCCCAAUCAUACCAGUGGUGCUAAUUUAGUUGUUCUUGUGAAUCAUGUGGAGUGUUUUUUAUAUACAGAAAAGACAAUAUUUUCAUACUCUGAGCUGAUCUAGGGUACAUUUUCAAUGACCAAUUUGAGUGAAUGACUCUGUUUUGUUGAUUCCCCACCCCCCUCCCCCAGUAUGGGGAGGCAUAUAGUUUUUGCAGCUUCUGUCUGACAACUUUGUUUUCUGCUACAACUUUUUGUCUGCUCCACAACUUUGUCAUUCAAAUUAUGGAUGGAUUUUGAAAUUAUUUUGUUAAAAUGUGUAGCACAUUGAGACAAUGUGUCACUUGUAAGAUCUAUGUCUGAAGCUCAAACAUCAAAGUCACACUUUCACCUAAAGGAAUUAUUUCCAUAAAAAUGCAAUCAUGUUCGUGUCCAUGAACAAUUCUGUAAUCUCUAAUGAUGGUUCUACUCGGGCACCUGUUCAUGGCUUAUGCACAGAGAUGCACCUCAAGUCUCUACCAGUACCGCUGGAAAGUCGCCAUAUGACCUCUUAUGUGUUUGUGUAAUCUAAAAUCCAACCAAAAAAAAAAAAAAAAUGUACAGUCGACAUUGUAUUAAGAGACCACUCAAGGGACUGCCAAAAAGUGGUCUCUUAAUAAAGUGGUCUCUCAAUAGAAUUUUGGAAAAUUCUAGACUUUCUUAUAUUACAAGUCAUAGAUAUAAUAACAUCUUUAAAAAAAAAUAAAAAUUGUACAAUAUUAUGUAUGUAUAACAGUUUUAUAAUAACAUUUAUGCCUUUUUUUAAAAAAAGUCAUCAAUGUGUGUUUGUUUUUGUUUUUAGUAGACAUUUGUAUACACUACCC